AGUUUUUCAAUCAACCGGCAGAAAUGGUGUCGCUGAGGCUGCAGAAGAGGCUAGCAGCCAGCAUUCUCAAGUGUGGAAGAGGAAAGGUCUGGCUUGACCCUAAUGAGACCAAUGACAUAUCCACUGCCAAUUCUAGGAUGGCUAUAAGAAUGCUCAUAAAAGAUGGUUUUAUUAUCAAAAGGCCUAGAAAAGUACAUUCAAGAUCACGUGCUAGAGAAGGAAAGGAAGCAAAAAGAGAAGGUAGGCAUACAGGAUAUGGAAAGAGGAAGGGAACACGCGAAGCAAGGCUUGCGACAAAAGUACUAUGGAUGAGAAGGACAAGGAUAUUAAGGCGCCUUCUACAGAGGUACCGGGAAUGCAACAGAAUCGAUCGGCACAUGUAUCAUGACAUGUACUUGAAAGUCAAAGGAAAUGAAUUCAAGAAUAAGCGUGUAUUAAUGGAGAACAUCCACAAGUUCAAGGUCAAGAAAAUCAGAGAAACUUCACUGUACAAUCAGUUAAGAGCCAGGAAAGCCCACAGCAAAAGUGCUGCUAUGGACCAGAAACAAUGAGAUAUAGAGAGUGAUAGCAAUGGAACCAUCAUCAUUGUCAUAAAUAAAAUCAUGUUAAUUGCAUUAAUGAAACUUCAGGCCUUAAGUUCUUCUUUGUUUCAUUCAAAUCAUUUGACUCUGUAUUCCUCUUCUUGUUACAAAGCUGAUGGACAAAUUGAUACAUAUACUAAUAAGAAUAUUAUGGACUGUACACAUGGAUUGACAACACUUAAUCUUGACAAAAAGUUUACAGGUUCAACAAUAUUGCCAAGUAAUUUGCCAGUCAAGAAACCUAAGAACACAGAGAAAGAGAACACACAUAUGCAAACUGCACAGGCACACACACAAAGAUAAAGAAAAUGCUGUCACAACAAAACACCUGCUUUUCAAGGUAA